AUGGUAGGCUCAUUGCGACAGGCACUGAAACUAUCAGAGAAUACACUUUUCAAAGCUUAUUCCAAGGCUCUUGAAGAUCCAAGAAUAGGCAUUAUGAAAGCCAAAAUAGACAGCAUUAUUCAUGAAGACACCAAAUAUCUCAGAGAUCGUGUCAAAGAAUCCCUCCAAGAAAUCUAUCUCAUGACAAACAUAGUUGUAACUGAGUUAUUAAAUGAUAUCCGAGAUUGUAUCAGCUGUCUUUACAAGUUGUCAGAGAGUGUCUCCACCUUGGACAUGUUGCUGUCAUUUGCUCAUCUGUGCACCCUCUCAGAGUAUGACUCUCUCUCUCUCUCUCUCUCUCUUUCUCUUUAUGCCUCAAAUGACAGCAACUUUAUCAUAAUCACUGGGCCAAAUAUGAGUGGUAAAUCAACCUACCUCCGACAAGUUGCCUUGCUGCAGAUAAUGGCCCAGAUUGGAUCAUAUAUACCUUCUGUGUACGCAUCAUUCCGUAUUUGCGAUCAGAUUUUUUCCCGAAUUGGCAGUGAUGAUGACCUUGAGACCAAUGCUUCAACUUUCAUGUUGGAGAUGAGAGAGAUCAACUAUGCAAUACAAAAUGCUUCAAACAACUCACUCAUUGUCAUUGAUGAACUUGGGCGAGGCACCAGUGCUGAAGAAGGAUUGGGUAUUUGUUAUGCAGUCUCUCUCAUUCUAUUCUCUCUGAUUCUCCCACACUCUCACAUCCUAUCCUUUAAGAUUCUCCCUAGCUCUCUUAUCCUAUCUCUCUCAUUUAUUCUCUCUGAUUCUCCAUCGCUAUGUCAUUCCAUUCUCUCUGAAUACCCUUGCUCUCUCAUUCCAUCCUCUCUGAUUGUUCUCUUGCUCCCUCAUUCCAUUCUCUCUGCUUCUUCCUCAUUCUCUCAUUCCAUCCUCUCUGAUUGUUCUCUUGCUCCCUCAUUCCAUUCUCUCUGCUUCUUCCUCAUUCUCUCAUUCCAUCCUCUCUGA